CAGCGGAGCAGUCGACCGCAGCCGACUUCGAGGUGACUGCCAUUUUGUUGAGUGCGAGAGGAUGCCGUCAAUCUCCUGUUUGUUUUACUUAUUACUUAUUUAAUGAAUAUAUUGAUAUAAUUGUGGUACAAUAGCUGGCAACAUUUCGCCAGAAUGACGCAGUUCUUACCGCCGAAUUUGCUGGCGUUAUUUUCGCCGCGCGAACCGAUUCCGUAUUUGCCACCUGCUAGCAAACUUCCGCAUGAGAAGAAAAACGGUGGUUACACCGGCGUCGGGAUCUUUCUCAAGUAUUUCGAGGAUCCUAAAGAUACUCCACCACCUGUGCGUGUAGAGACUCGAGAAGAACGAUUGGAACGUAGACGAAGAGAACGUGCAGAGCAAGUUGCAUAUAAACUUGAACAAGAAAUUGCAGUAUGGGAUCCAGCUGGCAUUUCCAAUGUUACGGCAGACCCUUUCAAGACUCUCUUUGUAGCUCGAAUUAAUUAUGACACCUCAGAAUCUAAACUGAGAAGAGAAUUUGAAGUAUAUGGACCAGUAAAAAAGAUUGUGGUAACACAUAAUACAAUUAAUGGCAAGCCUAGGGGAUAUGCUUUCAUUGAAUAUGAGCAUGAAAGAGAUAUGCACUCGUGGUGGCCGCUGCCGGCAACUAGUGCCAUUCACUAUUCCAUGCAAUCCCUGAACCUGCCUGAUAAGAUAGCUGCGUAUAAGCAUGCGGAUGGUAAGAAAAUAGACGGCCGCAGAGUAUUAGUCGACGUUGAACGAGCGAGAACGGUGAAGGGUUGGCUGCCUCGAAGACUCGGCGGCGGAUUAGGUGGUACUCGUAGAGGUGGUCCUGACGUCAACAUCAAACAUUCAGGACGGGAAGAUAAUGAAAGAGAGCGGGAGCGAUAUCGCUUGGAACGUGAGAGAGAAACCUCGGGACGUGGCCUGGAUAGAGACAGAGAUCGUGAUCGUGAUCGCGAUCGGGAUCGCAAAAGACGGCGGUCGCGAAGCAACGAUCGCGAUCGCGAUAGGGAUCGUAAGCGAGACAAACGGGAUAGGGAUCGUGAUCGUAGGGACAGAAAGGAUCGCGGUGAUCGUCAGGAUGAGGAUACGAAAGAAAUCCGUAUUAAGGAAGAACCGUUGGAUGAUUAUCCAGACUAUAGCACUACAUUUACGACGUCGGGCUCAUAUUUCACCGCAGUCAAGUACGAAGACGAUAAUGAUCAGGAAGUGGAAGAGAAAUACCGGAUUCCGGAGGGUCGUUCCGACCCACCAGCAUAUAACAAUUACGAUUCCGUACAAGAUUAUUGAUCUCGAACAGUACAUGUUUCUAUCGUAUCCCUUUUUCACAAUAAGCCAUCGCUUUAUUUUAUCGUUGCAUUGUCUUUAUUGUUAACAUAAUACUGGCAAAUUAGCUUUUUUAAGAGCGAAUCAAGUUGAACGCUCUUCAACUAUGAAGUACUCGGACAAUUAUUAUAAAUGUCAUAAAAGAAUUACACAAAUUCUAUAAAAUAUCGAA